AAACGUCCUUUAGUCGUGUUUGUAUUUCCGACAGUUACAAAAUUUAAAUUAUUUAAAUUAAGUAUUGAUGUCACAAGUGACAAUUUGUUGGUUCAACGGUAAGGUUUUGUGUCUCACUGUAAGGUGAUCUCGCUGGUAGCCGUCAUAACAGUGAGAGACGCGCUUUGGUGCACAGCGCAUGCGCCUUCAACUGGCGCAAUAACGAGGCUCUUUUUCAAAAUCGACGAGCCCUAAAUAUAAAGUGGAUCAUCAAAUUAAUACCAAAGCAGGUACUUAGUGCCUAGUAAAUCUUGUUUUGUAAACUAGUUUUGUUUCGAGUGAAAGGACCAGUCUCGAGAACCGUCUUCAUCGUGUUUAUGUAUUUUAUAGCAUCUCGGCAGCUUUGAUUCUAUGAUCUCAUCAUUAAAUAAACUUAAAACAUGGGAACUUUGGAAAUAAAUCACGCUGGAUUCAAAGAAGAUUUGUUCGAGUCAACAGCAGACCCAAGUGUUUCCAUGAUCGCAGAAGAGGUUCCAUCUCUCACUGUGGCCACCAUUCUGGGAGUUACAGUUGUUAUUCUCAUCGCCAUUAUCGUGGUCUUCGUUUUAGGAGUCCUCAUCGAUUGGCGCCAGCAGCGACUCAUGGACAAAAGGAUAGGUGAAGUGAAAAGAAUGAAAACCCAUAGAAAGAAGAACACUAAUGCAGAUCUGGAUGAUGUUAGUAUAGCAAACAACAUGGAGGAACCAAGCAUAAGUGCAGCGCCAGCUGAAUCUCUGCGGCAUUUACCAUAGUUUACAAGUUGAAUUUCAUUGAAUCAAAAAAACUCUAUACUUGCUACCCGCACCUACUUAAAGCGUACGUUGAAGACGUGCAAUAGUAGGUAUUAGGUAAAAGUAACUACUGAGCACUGGUUUCGUUUCAAAUUGCAAUCUAAAACAUUAAAGAUUGACAAGCCAGUUGUCAUUGCAUUGACUAGUCAAUUGUCACGUUAUUUUUGAAGUAGCAAUACUUAUAAAACUCGCUAUUUACUAAUGCUACUCGGUGAAUUAAAUUAAGUCGCUUUCGUUUUUUAGGAAAUUUAGAAAGGUUUUUUUAAACGCGACUAUUUGUAGUUUCUGAGAUUUUUAUGAGGUGUUUUCAUGCAAAUUAUCUUUUCUUUAAAACAAUGUUUUCGUUAUACAGACCAUAUUAUAUCUUUUAUAUGAAUAUCUCAAUAGUUUUAGUCGCAUUCACGGCUCUCGUAAUACUAUCCUGAUAAUUACCUAUUGUAUUACAAAGGAUCGACCGAAGUAAAUUGUUUUACAACGACUGUUAAAACUUUUUGUUUCACUAGCCGGAACGUAAAAAUAAAAUUGAGUAGGUAGGUAUUUUUCCUUUGUAAUUAAUUUACAACAAUAUUAUCUAUUGAUUUAUUCCGAACUUAUAAUGUUUCUUUCUAAAAUAAAGUGCCUGGAUAUUUAUUGACUUAAGCGAUCGGUCCUGUUAUGACGGCCAU